AUGGAUGAAUUUUUGGCCACACUGAAGGAAAUAGAUGAUGCUGGAGAUCACAUUUUUCUUUACCGUGACUUCAAAAGAGACGGCUCGGAGUGCAUGCCAUCAGCUGUAGCUCAUCGCUACUCACUUAGACGAAUCUUGCAACGGCCCCGGCGCCGCCGAGCGCACAGAGCCCGGGGCGAGCCGCCUGAGGGAGGGUCCCGCCGGGCGGCGUCAUGCGCUCGGCUCCCAGCCCCGGACCCUGGUGGGCCGCCGGGAACGGUAGCCAGGGGCGGCCGGUGGCGGGAAGCAGCAGCCCCGGCCCGACGCCCGGCUCCGCCGCCCCCCAACACGAGCGGCGCCGACGGCUGGGACCCCUACGGGCGGGACGAGGAGCUGGCCAAGCUGGAGAUCGCCGUGCUGGCGCUGACCUUCGCGGCGGCGCUGCUGGGCAACGGCCUCGUGCUGCUGGCGCUGCGCCUCACUGCCCGCAAGGCCUCCCGCGUGCACCUCUUCAUCCGCCACCUCAGCCUGGCCGACCUGGCCGUGGCCUUCUUCCAGGUGCUGCCGCAGCUGUGCUGGGACGUGACCUACCGCUUCCACGGGCCCGACGGGCUGUGCCGCGUGGUGAAGCACCUGCAGGUCUUCGGCAUGUUCGCCUCGGCCUACCUGCUGGUGGCCAUGACGGCCGACCGCUACGUGGCCGUGUGCCACCCGCUGCGCAGCCUGCGCCAGCCCGCCCGCCGCCCGCACGCCAUGGUGGCGGUGGCCUGGGCGCUCAGCCUGCUGCUCAGCACGCCGCAGUACUUCAUCUUCUCCCUCAGCGAGGUGGAGCGCGGCUCGCAGGUCUACGACUGCUGGGCCCACUUCGUGCAGCCCUGGGGGCCCCGCGCCUACGUCACCUGGAUCACCGGCGGCAUCUUCGUGGCGCCUGUGCUGGUGCUGGUCACCUGCUACGGCUUCAUCUGCGGCCACCUCUGGCGCAACGUCCGCGGCAAGACCCGCCGGGGCGGGAACCCCCGCAAGCCGGGCCCCCCUGCGGGCGCCUUCCAGCGGGGGCUGCUGCCCACCCCCUGGGUCAGCAGCGUCAAGAUCAUCUCCCGUGCCAAGAUCCGCACCGUCAAGAUGACCUUCGUGAUCGUCUCGGCCUACAUCGUCUGCUGGGCGCCCUUCUUCACCGUCCAGAUGUGGUCCGUCUGGGACCCGCAGUUCGCCUGGGUCGAUUCUGAAAAUACUGUCAUAACAGUCACUGCUCUGUUAGCCAGUCUAAACAGUUGUUGCAAUCCAUGGAUCUAUAUGUUCUUUAGUGGACACCUCCUGCAAGACUGUAUACAGAGCUUCCCCUGCUGUCAAAAAAUAAACCGAAAGCUGAGUAAAGAAGAUUCUGAUGGUGUUAGCAGAAGACAGACUUCUUUUACCAACAACAGAAGCCGAACAAACAGUUUGGACACCUGGAGGGAUUCACCCAAAUCUUCACAAUCUACCAAAUUCAUCCCCAUUCCAACUCUAGCCAGUUACACAGAAGAAACAGGUGCUCUUUAAGAGCAAUAACAGCACUUGUGAGUAUCACAGUGUGGCACAUUAAGCUCGUCCGAGGCACUAGUCAUCACAUGAACAGUGAACUACUUCAGUGGCUAUUUCAUGAUGCACCACAUGCUGAUUAAGCUAUUUUGCAUAAAUUAUUUUUCUGAAAAAUAUUAAUGAAAUAUAGUGCAGUGGAACAUGGGCAAUUGCUCUGGAAAGAGUACUAAUGAUUAUUUUUCUAAAGUUAACUUUAUUCAUGUUUUUUAAAUAAUUAGUGUUUUGUUUGCAUGGUCAUAAUUUUAACUGAGACUAUGCUUCAGAACAGUAGAUGACUGGUACAGAUUCUCUCCUACAUGGGCUCAAUUUUGCACUAAUUCUCCACUGAAGUCAUCGGACAGUUAGAAGUUGUAAAUCAAUUCAUAAUUUGGCUCUAAACUGCAGGGGGAAAUAGCUAGAAGAAAUCCCAAUCUGACUGGAUGGUAAACAUUCUAAAAAGUUUGGCUAACUGGGCACAGAAGAGAUAUUGGAAAUGUAACCAUUCACAUUGCUUUGCCAUUCAACACCACCAUGAAAAACUGAAACUGGUCAGCAUUUCUCAUUGAGGGCCUAAUUGUUUAGCCUUUAUGCUGAUAAAUGUUCCGUUGAAGUCAAUAUCUAGAUAUGGACUUCAAAACUGGAUUUUUGAGGCUUGCUUCCAUUCUCAUUAUAUUUCUGGAUUUUUUUCACUAAGUGGUGGAUCAAUCACCUGUCUUUUAGCUAAAAAGCAGAGACAGAAACAAAACCAUUAGAAGUCAAAGUUAGUUGCUCCCUACCUAUUGGUAAAGUGCUACUGCAAGCCAUAACAAGUUCCACACCAAUGCAAGGAAAUAUCUGGUUUAAGAGUAGAAACUGCUUUUGUUUUGUUUUUCAUUAGGAUAGCUAGGCCCCAAUCCUUGCAGUCCACAAUUAGUUCUUAUGAAAGCAGUCCCACAGAGAUCAUAAAUGAAAUUACUCUACUGCCUGUCACCUUCAGGGUCAAGCAAGUAUAUUCCGAGAUGUGAACUUAAAAGCUAGUCUUACAAUUGUUCUGAGAACACGCAAGUGCUGCAAAUACUAUGUUUUUGGCAAUCCUAAAUGGUUGUUCACUGAAUGCAAAGAUGUGAAGGGCCUUCCUAUUGACUACAUAGACUUUAAGUGCAUCAUGAUUGCCAGCUCAAGUGUGCUGACAUCUGACCAUAAUUCAUAAUUAUUCAAUGUGUGCUUGUAUCCCACAACAAUUCAUGGUUUGCUAUGUGUUAUUUUCAUAACAUCUGAGUACUUUGACUUGUGAAAACGGGUUUGAAGCUCCUUGAACAAAUCAUAGAAUCAUAGAAUAAUAGGACUGGAAGGGACCUCAAGAGGUCAUCGAGUCCAGCCCCCCGCCCUCAAGGCAGAACCAAGCUCCGUCUACACCAUCCCUGACAGAUGUCUAUCUAACCUGUUCUUAAAUAUC